UAUACAGAUAAAUGUAGUAAUGUGAGAAGUAUAAAUGCUGAGUUUACACAUUGGGAUCUCAGAUGUACCGUAGUAGGUAAUAAUAUAGCCACGGUAGAAUUAUAUAGUUCAGUCAGUCAAGUUAAAUGACUCUUUGUGUGCAUAUGUUCUCUGAUUAAUAUUAUAGUUCAUUUAUAUAACAAACAUUUUUACUCUUUUCUUAAUAACCUAUUCUAUUCAAAAAUUUCAUAACACCUAUCUUCAUUUAUAGAUAUUGGAAAUGUGCUGUUUCAAGAAUUAAUUUUUGUGCUGGUUCAGCUAAAGAGAUAGCACCAAACCAAUAUCAAGCACUAAGUACCCAUAACCAUGCCCCUAACAUUCCAAGUCCUAUUAUCACGUUCAAACAUUGUUUAAAAAGAAGAGCUGCUCAAGAGACAGGAUCUUUAAGAACCAUAUAUAGUGAAGAGUCUUUGCGAUACCAUGAUGCAGCUCUUCAGUAUCCUUGGUCAUCAGCCGAAAACUUAAUGAGACGUGCUAGACGAGAUUCACUUCCGCCUAUUCCAGCAAGUCUUCGUGAAUUAGGUGAUGUCUUUGAAAACGGAUUGUUGAAUAGAUACUUUUGCUGCCGUGAACGUAUCAUGUACAAGACUUGCCUUAGAGAUUCAAAUGGAUUUUAUUCUGUAGUGUUUGCUUGUAAUGAGUUAUUGGAUGAAAUUAUUCGUUAUAGUGUAACCGAAUUACAUGCCGAUGGUACUUUUAAAGUAGUUCCUUCCAAUUUAGGAGCAAAGCAACUACUAGUCAUCCAUUGCAUGAUCCAAAAUCACUCUAUUCCUAUAUUAUUUGCACUCAUGCAAAAAAAAUCGAAAAUUGCAUACAAUGUUAUUGUUGAAUUUUUACGGUCAUUAGCUCCAACAUUAAGGCCAACUAAUAUAAUGACUGAUUUUGAGCCAGCCUUACGUGAUUCCUUAUUGGAAAAUUUUCCGGAGGCUGUUGCACAUGGGUGUUGGUUCCAUCACAAUCAGGCAGUAUGGAAAAAUGUUGUGAAGCUAGGUUUUUUGCAUUUGGUUAAUACAAAUGAUAUAGCUCUAAAAAUUAUUAGAAUGCUGAUGUCACUUCCUUUAUUGCCUGCUAUGUCGAUGCGACUAGGUUUUGAUGAAUUGCGUCUUUACUCCAGAAGAAAUAAUGUCAAUUUUGAAUCCCUUUUUUCUUACUAUGAAAGGUUCUGGUUAGAUAGAAUGGGAACACAAUUUGUUUCUGUGUAUAAUUGUCCUCGGCGAACAAACAACAAUGUAGAAUCAUUUCACAACCAACUGCGUCUUAAAUUUUGUUCUGACCAUCCAAACUUAUGGAUUUUUAUUGAAAAGUUAUGCGAUAUUAGUAAAGAGUACCAUGUUAUGAUUGGUCAAAUAAAUAAUGGAAGGAGACCUACACGCUCUUUAAGUAACCAGUUUUUGGCCAAUGGAAGGCAAAUACGCAAUGCCACAGCAGAGUAUGACUUACAGCUGAUAACUCUUAUGGACUUUUUGCAUAGAGUAUCAUAUUCAGUUGGUUCUUAUGUAAAUCGCCAAAGAAACUGGGUGAAUAAUAUUGAAAAUCAAAAUCCUCAAGAAAAUAUUAAUGCAAGGGACAUAGAUAACAAUUUGCCUGCACUUGUUGAAAAUCGUGUAUUUGAAGUUGAAAAUAUUGAUAAUGCUGAGGACAAUCAACUUCCUCAACAAAAUCCUCAUUUUGAACAUACAGAAAAUGACAAUGGUGAAAUUAUGGUUGGAGAUGUUGAAAAUGAAAUUUCCAUCACAUCAGGCGAUGAAGAGGAUUAUUUCACACCGGAAGAUAGAGAUCCCGACAUGCAGUAUAUGAUGGAUGUUGAAACAAGAAGGCGACAAUUGGAGUUAGAGCAAAUACCUUAUGUCAGAGUCCCGGUUAUUCUUCCGUCUUUAAUAAACAUAGAUGAAAUGUGUAUCGUUUGCAAAGAUGCUGAAAAAACGCACGCGCUGAUCCCAUGUGGUCACAAAGUAGUCUGUGAAGAGUGUCUGAACCUUUUAGAUCCAAAACGUUGCCCUUUGUGCAAUUCAAAUUUUAUUACCUCCCUCAGAGUUUGGUGAAAAUGUAUUUAAAUAUUUUAAUUGUAUUAUGUACUUAUUGUGUAACUACUUAAGUACUAUAAAAGAAUUCUACAAUAAGAAAUUGUAUAAUUGUAUAUUUUUAUCUCAAAAUUUAUUUUUUGAAAUUAUGGCUGUUUCAUAUUAUA